AUGGUGCUCCGGGCGGGGCCAGACACACACGAAACCACCACCACCCCCGUGAGUCUGCCCAUGACUAGGCCUCCUGAGGCCCGGACAGGAAGUGAGCCGGGGCUUGGGCCUAGCACAAAUGAGACAAAGCGCUUAGACAGAGGGCGUGACCGACAGAAAUGCCCCAGCUCACAGCUCUGGCGCGGGAGUCCAAAACUGCAGCAGGAGGCAGGAGAUGCUGCCAACCCGCUCUCGGAUUUUGGACAAGUCCUACAGCUUGUUUGGGUUUUCAUUGUUUGUGUGUCAGAGCGGGGAGGGGGUGGACCAGAUGACUCCUGA